AUGAUAUGCUUUUUAACCGCACCGUUAUUUACGAGUUUCGUAGUAGCCGCUAACGGUACAGUUUUGAUAAGUAAAAGUCUGCCAUGGUCAACUGGAAUAUUUCACGAUAACGUGAUGAAAUUGUAUAUCUGGUAUACUCUUCAAGUGCCGACAGCUUUGAGCGCCAUUGUAGGAAUUGUUGCCGUCAACACUGCACCGCUCUUUUACGUUAUGCAUGCUGGCAUUCAUAUGAGACUAUGCCAAAAAAAUUUUGAGAGCGUAACCGAAAAAAUAAUAUAUUCUAAAGACGUUGAAGAAACUUUUCAAUCUGUCAUCUUUGCAGAGAUAUUUACAGCUCUCGUAAGCACUGGUGGUUACUGUUUCCUCAGUCAAGUCGUGGCCAAAAAAGAUCUUCCAAAAAUGGCAUUUUGCAUGUCGGGAUCAGUAGUGAACAUGUUCAUGAUGUGUUGGCCACCAGACUCGCUUCGAGACGAGAGUUUCAAAAUCUCACAUGCAGCGUACAAUCUCGACUGGUACGAAUGGACGAGACAAGAAGGCAAACUCAUUUAUAUUAUAAUAGAAAAAUCACAGAAACCUUUAGUUAUAACGGCGAACAAACUGGUCGUCAUUUCAUUGGAAACAUUCGGAUGGCUUUUGAAAUCAGCGUUCUCGAUGUUUACUCUUCUACGACAGGUGAUGGAAUGAUUCCAAAUGAUAGUGUCGAUGUAUCAUCAAAC